AUGGCUUGGAACAUCUUCAGAAUAGCGGCCGACCUGUCGCACAUAACAGCAAAAUGCAUCCUCAUCUUCUCCAUCCACCGUAACAGGAGCGCCGAAGGCGUCUCCCUCCUUACCCAGCUCUUCUACGCUCUCGUCUUCGUAACCCGCUACACGGACCUCUUCGUCGAAACCCACGCCUGGAACUACUUCUUCAAAGUCUUUUACCUCCUCUCCUCCUUCUACACCCUCGGCAUCAUGCGCUUCGUCUACCCCCGCACGCGCGAAAAGGAAAUCGCCUGGAAGCUCGCCGGCCUCGUCUUUUCCGGAUCCCUCGUCCUCUCCCCCUUCUUUAUGCUCAUCUUUGAUAAGCAACGAGAGUGGGCUUUUACAGAAUGGCUUUGGGUGUUCUCUCAGAUCUUGGAGUCAGUCUGCGUUUUGCCGCAGCUGUUGCUGCUGCGGCAGACGACCGUCCCGACGGUGAUUACCAGUUUUUACAUUGUGUUCUUGGGGAGCUACAGGGGGUUGUAUCUGCUGAACUGGUUCCUCAGGGAGCUGGACACGAAUGGGCGGAAGCCGAACCCGAUCAGUGUCAUUUUUGGGAUUGUCCAGACGGCGCUGUAUGCGGAUUUUGCGUGGGUGUACUGGACGAGGCAGAGGGUCAAGCUGAGGAAUGGGGGGGUGGUGGAUGCGGAUGAUUUGAGGAGGGGGUGGUUGUUGAGUAAGAUUUUUGGGAGCGAGCACCUGAGGGGUGGGAGCAACGCGGCGGAUGAGGAUGAGUAUGAUGAGGAGAGCGCGCCUGCGCUUGGACCGGGGAGGCAUGAGGUUGGGCGGGAUGCCAGGCCGGGGAGGGCAAAGUGGGGGAGUAGGGGGAUUAGUAUUAGUGCUGAUGAGGGGGUUUAUGAUGGGGAGAGUGGUGGGUCGAGGCAGGAGCAGGGUGUGACGAGUAGCAAUAGUAGGGGAGGUUUUGCGGAUGAGUCGGAUGAUGAUUUGGCUGGGGGGGCGGAUCCGGAUGCGAAGAUGCAGGAUCCGGAUGAUUUGGCAAGGGCGUUGAAUGAUGAUGAGAGUGAGAGUAAUGAGGAGGAUAAGAAGAAGAAACAGAAGGCGGCUCAGCAGAACGGAGGGCAGCCAAGCGGGAUUAGGAAUGGGGAUGAGUGGGAUGAUGAUUGA